ACAACUUAAUUCUGGGUGAGCAUCACAAGCGAUUACGCCGAUGAAUUGUUUUAUCAUCAUGAUUUUCAUAAAAUGACAAUUAUUUCUUGUACAGGCGACGGAGACACAGAAAGAGAAGAGAACAGGAAAAUGCUUAGGACAGUUGAACAAAAGUUAAAAGAUGAAAGAGUAGGGGUAGAAGAAGAAGAAUCCGAAGAAGAAAAAGAAGAAGUAAACCCAGAUUCGAAGCACUACGAUUACGCAUAUAUGCCGCUUAGGACACUUGAACAAAAACACCAAUUUCGUCCUCCGAUACCUUUGCCUAGUCAAAUUAACUUACAAGAUGAAAGAGUAGAGGUAGAAAAAGAAGCAGAAGAAGAAGACAAAAAAGGAAAAGAAGUGGAUCCAGACUGGAUGACCUAUGAUCUUUAUAUACUGGAUGAUACAAAUGGAAGCGUGACAUCCGGAGAUUUCCGAGAUGUAACUGCAUGCACAGUCGAGCCUUUGCCUGUACAAGGAGAAUCUGAAGGACUAUAUUACGAAGAAAAUAAUGUAACAAAUGAAAGCUUGGCAUCCGGAGAUUUCCGAGACGUAACUCCAUCAUACACAGUCGAGCCUUUGCCUGUACAAGGAGAAACUGAAGAAAUAUAUUAUGAACCAUGUGCCCCUCCACUUCCAAUCCGGAAUAAAGGUCGUCGACACAGAUAUGAAGAAACAAUUAUGCAUAACAGACCAAUAAUUGUGAGAGACGUGAUCGUUAGUCAGGUCCUGCCUUAUUUGCACAUGUGUUUGGGUAGUUCUGACAUCAGUGCCAUUAAAGGCGAAAAUGAUCAGCACAAAGCGGUGGAACUUUUAUUAGACAAAUUAUCAGCAUGCAAGGAACCUGGGAAGUGGAAGAUGUUUGUUCAAGCAUUAGAAGAGUGCGGACACAAAGCUAUUGUCGAUGCUCUGAGACGAAAAAGUAUUCCAGACAGCAAUGAACCUAGAAAGUUCUUACAUAUCUUUUCACCUCGACUGCGAGAAAUGAUUGUACCAUCUGAGACAACAGCAGAACUUCUGGCGGCCGAUGUUAUCAAUUCAGAAGACAGAGACGAAAUACAUCAGAAAGAACGUUCUGCUGGCGCUGUUGCGGCAGCUGACAUCUUGCUCGAUAGGAUACCCAGAAAACAUCCGGAUUGGUUCGGGAAUUUUAUCAGCGCACUACGAAUUAUCGGCCGACAUGAUCUUGUUGACAUGAUAACAGAAGGAAAUGAUAUACAAAGCUGUACAGCUAAUCCAGAGGAGGAAGACUCUGUAUCAAGCAAUGAAAGAACGGAUACAACUAAAUGUAAAAGUACGUUGAAAUAUGGAAGUCCGGUUCUGGGGAAUGAACAACAAGCAACUAAUGAGUCAGCGGAGUGCUAUGUUAACAAAGAAAGCAAAAAUCUUGAAUAUUCGGAGGCCUACGAGGAUUUCAAUGAAAAGAAAGAAAAAGUAGAAUGUAAAAAUGUUCAAAGUUUGAGAGAUAAAAAGAACGCACUGGUUGCAGAAGGAAAAGUACUCGAAUUAGAAAUGCCGGAAUUCGAGGACAUUCUAAAUGCGUUUGAAAAGAACAACGAACUGCUCAGAAGAAAAAGAAGCUUUUAUGAAAAAAUCAAAAUAAAAGAAAAAGAAGCUACAGCAUUAAAAGCUGCAAUAUCCGGUGAAGACAUUGAAGAAGACAAAUUCAGGUACCAGAGUGCUGCUAGCUUAGAAGAUAUGGUACAGAAUAUUGCCCCUGGUAGGUGUCUGAUGACCUUGGAUUUCAGAGACACUGAUAGAACUAGCACAGUCAUACCUUCUAGAAUCCCGAUCGACACUGGAAUAGCAGCGCCUGUUAAGUUGUAUGACGUGGGACAGUUUUAUAAAGACUCAGCUUUUUAUGAAAUCUAUGAAAGCUAGCCCAUUGCUGUUGUUAUCAUGAGAUUGUUACACGAGAUGCAAUUUUGAAUAAUAUAUUUCUACUUCAAUAACCAGAAAGGCCAUUGUGUCAAAUUCAUGGCCACAGAAAGUUUUUGACUUACAUCGUACAUGUUUAAAUUUCAAUUGUUUAUGAAAAUGCUUAGCAGAUAGUGCUACAAAUAUCUCAAACUUAAAAAUCGAUUUUGUCAAUGAAAUGAAAUAGUGUAAAAUAUUUAGUAGACACUUUGAAUAAGCUUACAAAAUUGAAAAAAAAAUAUCACCCGAUAUUUGUUCUUACCGUUUCCAGAUAUGCAUUUACAGUUUGAACACAAUUUCAUGGUACUAAAUGGUACAUGUAAAAAUGUUUCGGUUUUCUGAAAUGAAGCCAUCCGGAAAAAAUAUACACCAGCCGACAUUGAAUAUCUUCCACAAUUAUCAUAUUGGGGGAUAAGUAAACUAAAGCAAUGAACAAAAUAAUUAUUAUUAAUUUCCACCUUUUUAUCUUUCCAUUGAUCUGUCAUGUUAUUGUAUAUUUCCUUGUCUUGUGUCGCGGUUUCAGUUGGCGCGGAUUAUAAUAAUUCACAAUAUCAUGUAACUUAAAAUCAUGGUGAGGAUUAUGUCAGGUAGUUCAGCACGUUCACAUCAUUUUUCUUCAAUGUAGUAUGUUUUAAUUAAGAAAAUAACGUAAUAAAAAAAGAUCAGAUUUG